AUAACGUUCACAAUUUUUUAAUACGAAGAUACAUUAUUUCGAUCAUGGCUGCCAAUACCUAAUACACAUUCAAGGAUAGAAACAUAAUUAAUUCAGGUACUAGGUAUAGGUUAGGUACCUAGGUAUUAGAGUUAAAAUCAUCCUAUUAGAAUUGAGUCUCACCGUUGUAUAAAAUCUGACAGUCUACCUCCUAUCCAUGCGAACAACCCAGGUAGGUACCGGUACUCAACUGACCAAGCAUCACCAACGAGAAACUUAGGGGGUAAAUAAACGGUAAUCUCUUGUUACCUAGAGCCGUGGUGUUUUAUUGUAGCUUUUUACAAAGAAAAUUAGUUCUAGCAUGUGUUAAUGAGGACUGUCUCUUCCUUCUCGGCCGACUCGGUCGAGAGCUAAUCAUAUAUAGAUAUCUUCACGAGUAGUGAUUGUAAAUCCUACAAUCUCUUUUCCAAAAUGUAUGCUUUGGCAUAUCAGUUCAUAUAAUUCCUCAUUAUCAUCAUACCUUAGCACAUUGGUCGUUAUGAAGACCCUCAUCGUCGGUGCGAGCGGGUCCAUCGGCAGUCAAGUUCUCCUUCACUGCCUCGCGCAUCCCGAGAUCUCAAGCAUCGUCGCAUUCGUACGUCGAGACCUACCCCUUGACAUAUCUAGCCAUCCGAAGCUCCAAUGCGUUAUAAUUAAAGACUUCUUAAACUGGCCGGAAGAGAUCCUACACGCACACUCGGACGCCGUGGGCAUGCUUUGGAACAUGGGAACCAACACGGGCGACAUACGCGCCGACUUGGAAUAUCCCCUCGCCUUCAUAGAAAGCAUGGGACAAGUACUGGAAACAAAGUCGGAUAGACCUCCUUUUAAACACGUCCAUCUAAGCGGCAAAUUCGUCCGUCAAGACCAGGAAGAAAAGUUGUGUUUUCUGGAAGAAGCGCGUAAGAUGAAGGGCCGACUUGAAACUAGGUCUCUCGCAUUUGCAGAGAGUCACGCUACCAUAUGGAAGACUUUCAUUGUUAGGCCAGGAGGAGUUGCAACAAAGGGGUUGAUGAUACCUGGAAUUAUCGCUACUAUUUUGGGUGAGAAUUGGAGUGUUCGAGUUGAAGAAUUGGCUGCGUUUAUGACGUACCUCGCUAUUGAUGGUCAGGGGGAAGACUCGCUCAUCGAAAAUGCACGUAUAGUGAGAAAGGGGAGAAAUUUGCUAGAACACCACAAAAAUAACGUCAAACCGUAACAGACAUCGAUGAGAUUAGAAG